AUGGCAGUGAUCAAGGUACACACAAAGAUCAAGGGCAAACUGAAAGACCGUGGACGAACAGUCAUGUUUGUGGGAUAUGCUGAUAACUCCAGUGUAGACACUUACAAAUUCUACGACCCAAAGACAAAGCGAAUCAGUUCAAGUAGAGAUGUGUCAUGGUUGAACAAAAGCUAUGGAGAUUGGAAGGGAAUCAAGAAAACUAACACACUACGAUUGACACAGGAGCUCCUAUUGGAAACCGCAAAUGACAAUGAUAUUGUACAAGCACCGACAACUCAAGCAAACGACGCAAAUACAACAACACAAGAAACGGGACCGACUCCAACAGCACCAACAGCUACGGAAAGGGCAACGAUGCCAGCAGUGCAAUUGGACUCGGGCGCAGAUCCACAAAGAGUUACACACUCUGCGACAACCCAACAACCGGCAAAAACAGCACCAACUCCCAGAUGGCAGAGAGAUUUACAAACAUGGGAUAUGAACCGACAUGGGACCCAACCUAUACUUCGUACCAGGACACAAACAAGAUUGGCAACUGCAAAUUCCGAAUCAGGAAGGGAGACAGCAACUCGUGUUCGAACAACAGAAGAGCCAACGGAAGAAGAAGAAAUCGAUUUCACUGGGGAUCAACGUGGACCAUUAUUCAACGAAAACGAUGUUGCAAACAUGAUGAUGAAUCCGGAUUUACAGUGGCCAGAUCUAGCACUACAAGUGACAGAAAAAAUGAUGAAAAAUAUUAUGGAAAACAAAGAAAUCGAAGAAACCAACUACAAAGAACCAAAGAACUUCCAAGAAGCAUGGAACCAUCCAGACAAAUAUCAACGGGACAAAUGGCGAGAAGCGAUCAGAAAGGAAUUUCGCGACAUGAUACGCCGUGGAGUUUGGCGAAAAAUGAAACGAAGAGAUCUACCAUAUGGAAGAAGAUGCAUCAAAUGCAAAUGGGUAUUCAAGAUCAAACGAAAUGGAGUGUUUCGAUCAAGACUUGUUGCAUGCGGAUACUCACAAAAUCCUGGAGUUGAUUUCACAGAACACUUUGCUCCAGUUAUCAAUGACAUCACAUGGAGAAUACUACUUGUUGCAAUGAUGAUUUGGAAACUUGACGCUUGGCUAAUUGACAUGGAGACAGCCUUUCUACAUGGAGAAUUUGAUGAAGGAGAACAAAUAUUCAUGAAUCUGCCUGUUGGAUACGAUCUUGUGGAUUCAUCAAUUGAUAUGAGUGAAGAUUGUAUUGAAUUAAUGAAAACCGCAUAUGGGACUGUGCAAGGAGCGCGACAAUGGUGGAAAAAGUUUGUGUCGAUCUUGAAAGAUAUUGGAUUCGAAGGUGGAGAAGCAGAUCCUUGUUUGAUGCAUUGGAACAGUGAACAUGGGAUUGUUUUCAUUGGCUUAUAUGUUGACGACUGUCUUUGCAUUGGAAAACCUGAAGCAUUGGAGCUAGUUGAGGCAAAACUGAAGGAGAAAGGACUGACUCUGAAAACCGAAAAGACCCUGAAAGAUUAUUUGAGCUGCGACGUCAGCUUCAACGAAGAUCGCACGAAAGCAGUAUUACGUCAACCACACUUGUUGAAGACAUUGGAAGAGGAUUUUGGAGAAAUGGUACGAAACAUGCCUAAAUACAAGACACCUGGAACGCCAGGACAAGGUCUCGUUCGCAGUGAAGAAGGUGUAACCGUGACACCUGAAGAACAGAAGCAAUUUCGAAGUGGAACUGGAAAGUUGCUCUAUCUUGUGAAGCAUACAAGACCUGAUAUCGCAAAUGCAGUGAGAGAACUAUCAAAGGUACUUGAUUCGACAACACCAAGAGCAAUGAAAGAGAUGAAGAGGAUCAUCAAGCAUGUAUUGGAUACGAAAGGACUUGGAUUGAAAAUUGAACCAGUGAUUGGAUCUAAAGGUUUACUAUGGAACGUUGUUGCGUUUUCUGACAGUGAUUAUGCAGGAGACCCAGAUUCAAGAAAAUCAGUGAGUGGUUUUAUUGUUUAUCUAUGUGGAGUUCCAAUCUGUUGGAGAAGCAAAGCGCAACGAACAGUGACUUUGAGCAGCGCAGAAGCAGAGUGGAUUGCCUUGAGUGAAGUGGCAAAAGAAGUAUUAUUUAUUGCGCAGAUCCUGGAAACCAUGGGAGUGAAAGUCGAAUAUCCGAUUGUUAUUCGAGUUGAUAAUACCGCGGCAAUUUUUAUGGCGACAAAUGUCACAACGAACCAGAGAACACGACACGUGGACAUUCGCACAAAAUUCGUAACACAAUACACUGGACCGGAUGGUAUUUUGAAGAUUCUAUUUGUCAAAGGAACUGAUAAUGAAUCUGACAUCAUGACAAAGAAUGUAACUGGAAACCUACAUGAGAAACACAUCCCAAAGAUGAUGACAAAUGUCGACGAAGGAACUACAAAAUAG